CGAACGGGAACUUCUGGAGAGGAAGUACAGUACGAAUUCGACUUGGCCGGAUCGUUCGUACAUACAGGCGGCACCACGGUGACCUGUCAAGGUAUACACGUACUCGAACCUACAACAUCCAUUGCGCUAUCACCCCCUUGCAUUAGACGCUACUACUGUACGAUCGCUUAUCCGAAAGUGGCGUUCCAACAGCUCUAGCACUACUACUAUCAAACUGACUGCGAUGUUGGUACCGUUCACCAAGUUCAACGGCGCCGGCAAUGACUUUGUCUUGAUCGACAAUCGCAGCCUCGGCCUUCACCUGACGUCGGCCCAGGCAAUCCGACUCUGCGAUCGGCAGCUCGGUAUAGGCGCCGACGGGCUCCUGCUUGUGGUCCCAUGCCCGUCUGGGAACGCCGACGUUGCGUGGGAGUUUUGGCAGUGCGACGGCGACACGGCCAGCUUUUGCGGUAAUGGCUCUCGGUGCUUUGUUCGAUUUGUGCAAUCUCUGCUUGGCCACACGAACCCCGUCACAUUUGAGACCGGGGCUGGCAUUGUCUCUGGAGCCUUAGUGGCCACCACCAGUGACAUUGCCGUCCUGCUGCCGCCGCCCACGGCCUUGAGCUUGCAUGCGACAGUGCAUUUGGCCUCUGGCCCUCAUGUCGUGCAUUCCAUCAACACGGGGGUGCCCCACGCGGUGCUGUUUGUGGAGGACGUGGCCGCCAUCGAUGUACGUAGCCUAGGCAGUGAAGUGCGACACCACAAGCACUUUAGCCCACAUGGCGCCAACGCCAAUUUCGUCCAAGUCCUGGGACCUAAUCACCUCCGUGUUCGCACGUUUGAGCGGGGGGUCGAAGGAGAAACGCUGGCUUGCGGCUCGGGCGUGGCGGCGGCCGCCCUUGUAGCUGCGAUAGUUCACGGCUUUACAUCGCCUGUGAAAAUUGACGUGCAAAGUGGAGCCACGUUGGGCAUCCAGUUUGCCACGCCGACGUCGUCGCAGGACCAAUCGUUUACGAAUGUGCUCCUCAUUGGACCAGCAGAAGCCACGUUCUCGGGUACGGUGGAGCUUUAGUUCCUAGGAGUUUAGCGCAUGUACUGUAAUGUACAAUGUGUGCAUAGUGCACCAGAGAGGUGUACGUCACCUCUCAGGUGCACUAUACCGGUAAUCUUGAAAAUGUCAGUCAGGAAAGCCUGAUCCAACUGGAGCCGAUUAAUUGACCGCUCACAGGAGGGUGCAUUCAAUUCUGAUUGGUUAUAAUUCAAUAGAUCAUAUGUUUUGCCUCA